UGCUUAGAGAAGGCUGAAAGCCCUAUGAAGCGGUAUAUAAGUCUAACUGCUAUUGCUAUUGCUAUUGAUAUGAUCUCUGAGGCCAUAGAAUGUGGUAUUACAGCCGGCCUUAAAUACAGGUCUUCUAAUUGUUCUGCUUCUCGCAGGUCUGCUUCUUCCUCUAGUUCCAGGCACAGGGAUGGUGAUCUCUCGGCUUCGUCUUCACAUGAGCUACCUGGCACUUCCAAUCAACCAUCGGUCUUCGGAGAAGAGGAACACCCUGCAAGAGAUCAGAUCUCUCAAAGGAUGAGGGCCUACCUCCCGACCCUCCUCCAUUUGUUAGUUUGUUUAAACAUGCAGUUUUUCGUUCUCUCCUUUUUAAGGCCAAAAAGAUCGCAGGCAUUCCCUCUCCAAAGGCACCUCAGAGUUCAGAAGCUGACAAGGCUGACACCACUGACCCACUCUUCAUCCAGCCUACGGUGGAAGAGGAGAUGAUCCCAUCACCACGGUUCUUCAUAGACAUUGUCCAGAAUCAAUGGGCUUCUCCAGCCUCAGCAGCUCUGGAGGAAGCUGUGUGACCUGAGGACAAGAGAAUAGAACAAACUCUGGUCAAGGGUCUCCAGGUCUGAGCUUGGACCGUUAGAGCGGGUACCUCAGCUUCCUUCUUUAGUCGCUUCGCUCUUCUGUGGCUGAGACAACUUCAGGCUCGCCUUCCGGCCAGGGAUUCUAGGGCUCACAGGGACAUUAACAAAAUUAAGGCAGACCUGGAAUACAAAGCAGAUGCUUCCUUGGACGUGGCCCGCUUUGCUUCCAAGACCAUUGCAUCUUCCAUCUCCACCCGCCGGCUUAGUUAAAACAGUAGCAGGCUGAACCGCGGGCCAAGUGGAGACUUGCCUCCUCCCCCUAUUCUCCAUCCCUUCUCUUUGGCCCUCCAUUAGAAUCCCUUCUGGUAGAGUCCAAGGAUAAGAGGAAGGUUCUGCAACCAGCCACCAAAAAGCAGGAAGGUUGGAACCAAUCUUUUUACCACAGGCAGCCCUUUCGGAACCAGGACGGGAGUGCUUCCAACUCCCGUUCCCAAAGGCAGGCCCCUCCCAAACAGGCCCCCUCCUCCAACAGAUUAGGCAGGAACAAACAGAGAUUCCAGCCCAGAAAGUCUUUCAGAGACAAUUCCAAUCAUUCCUUUAAGAGGCAGAAGGGACUGCCUGUAGAAUGUCCCAAUAGGGGGGCAUCUAGUGGCCUUUGCGGAUCGUUGGGACGACAUCAUCAACGACGCGUGGGUCAGGUCCACAAUCUGAUUCGGCCUUCUCCUGGAUUUGCGCUCCAGCCCUCCAAACCACUUUGUCUCGUGUCCGAUCUCCAGGGACCCUUAAAAAAGGCUCCUGGUAGAGCAAGCCAUUCAACAUCUACUCCAGAUUCGGGCCAUUCAACCUGUGCCUCCAGGUCAGGAAGGAGAAGGGUUUUAUUCUCGUCUGUUUAUCGUGCCAAAGUCUUCAGGAUGCUGGAGGGCAAUCCUCAAUCUAAAAUUUUUAAAUCAAUUCAUCAGAUUCAGGAGAUUCAAGAUGCACUCUCACCUAUCAAUUCUGGAGAGUGUUCACAGACACGUUCUCCUCACAUCAGUGGACCUUACAGAGGCUUACUUCCACGUGCCAAUUCACAGGCAGAAAGGCGGUUUCUCCACUUCGUGUAUGCGGGCCUCCACUUCCAAUAUCAGGCCCUCCCCUUCGGGCUAUCCUCAGCUCCGAAGGUCUUUAUAAAACUUUUGUCGGUUGUAGCAGCCCAUCUGCGGGCCAGGCCCAUUCAGAUCUUCUGCUACCUUGACGACAUCCUUUUGUUGUACAGGUCACGUAUCCAGGCCCUCAGGGACCUCCAGGACACCCUUCAGGUAUUAGAGGAAGUGGAGUUCUCCAUCAGUCCGGAGAAGAGUCAUUUCGUCCCCACUCCUCGCCUAGUGCACCUAGGAGCCCUCAUAGAUUCCUCCCAGGGCAAGAUUUUCCUGUCUCAGGAAUGCCAGAGCAGUCUCAGGGAGUUAGCCAAGGAGGUACAAAGGAGACAGCGGGUCCCUCUUCUUCAGCUGUCUCAACUGCUGGGGAAGAUGAUAUCCUGCUUCUCCAUCAUCCCUUGGGCACAGCUUCACAGCCGCUGUCUCCAGUGGUUUCUUCUGCCAUUCCAGAAGACCAGCAGUAGCUGUUCCCUAGUGAAGGUCAGCCUGACCCCAGAGAUCCUGCUAUUCCUGGACUGGUGGAUUUCCCCGGCCAUAGCUCAGGGCUCUCUUCUCAGGGAUCCCCCACGUCUCGUAGUGACUAUGGACGCAAGCCUGACCGGUUGGGGGCCUCACCUAGAGGAUCAGGCGGCUCAGGGACUUUGGUCCGACUCCAACCUAUCCCACAGUAUGAAUUGGCUAGAGCUGAGGGCCAUCCAUCUAGCCCUCCUUUAUUUCCAGACCUCUCUUCAGAACUCACAUGUGCUGGUCCGAAUGGACAACACCAUGGCCAAGGCGCAUGUCAACCACCAGGGGGGACAAGAGCCGUUUCUCUCAUGGAGUCUGCUUUUCGUCUAGGAACUUGGGCAGAAGCCAACCUUCUCUCCCUACACACCUAACACAUCUCUGGUUCAGACAACACCACAGCAGACUGGUUGAGCCACACAACCAUCGAUCCUGCGGAGUGGAGCUUGAAUCACCGGAUAUUUUGUCAACGGUCGCCCAGGUACAGGACUCCAAUCCUGGAUCUCUUCGCAACAUCAUCCAACAACCAGCUGCCCAGGUACCUGGCUCGAUACACGACUCCAGGCGCGGAAGGGACGGAUGCUCUCAGGUGUAGGUGGCCUCGCUUUCCUCCCUUUCCCCUAAUACAGAGGGUGAUUCGGAAAGUGAUAGAGGAAGAGGCCGAACUCAUCUUAAUCGCCCCCCCAUUGGCCACGCCAGCCAUGGUACGCGGACCUGAUCAAUCUAUCAGUGGAAUCUCAGUGGCUUCUGCCAAUGAUCCUGUCCCUCCUUCAUCAGGGCUCCAUUCACCACCCUGACCUACGCUGGCUAUGCCUAACCACUUGGAGGCUGAGUGGGCGGUUCUGAGGUUAGAUAACCUUUCCGAGAUUGUGAUCCAUACCGUUCAGGCCUCCCGCCGCCCAGCUACCAACAGGAUAUACGAAUCUACAUGGCAGACAUUCAUAGCGUGGUGCCUGGAGCGAGGGGAGGAUCCUUGGAAGGCUGCAGUACCCCAGCUUCUAGAGUUUUUACAGCAGAGUCUUGAUAAAGGACUAUCUCCGAAUAUCUUGCGGCGGCAGGUAUCAGCUCUCUCCUCAGUUCUCUCUCUUCGCUGGGAUGAACCUCUCUCAUUGCACCCUCAUGUCCGCAGAUUCCUAAAGGGGCAUCCAAUCUCUGCCCUUCUGUCACACCGGUUCUCCUCCUGGGAUCUGACCAAGGUCCUCGACUUCCUUACAGAGCCGCCGUUUGGACCCCUCAGGUCAGCGACUUUGCAUCACCUCACUCUCAAGAUUGCCUUUCUGGUGGUAAUAACAGCAGCAUGGAGGGUGUCAGAACUGGCGGCUCUUUCCAUCCGGGCCAACUUGUGUGUCUUCCACCCAGACCGUGUGGUCCUUCGCAUUGACCCCACCUUUGUUCCAAAGGUGAAUUCUGCAUUCCAUCGUUCUCUGGACCUUACCCUUCCAAAUUUCUGCCCGGCUCCAUCUCACAAUCUGGAGCACAAGCUAGACGUCAGGCGUGCUCUUAAAACCUAGAUCGCCAAUACAACUGUCUUCAGACACAGCGAAGCCCUCUUCUCCUCUUUCCACCAUACCAACAAAGGACUGAAAGCUUCUCCAUCCAUGAUUGGACGAUGGAUCAGGUCUGCCAUUGCUCAAACUUACAUCACGCAUCAUCUCCCUCCUUGUGUGAUUCUUGUGUAUUUUAAUUACGUGUAUUGUGUUUUAUGUCCCCUUUUCCCCUUUUGAGUUGUUCGUCGCCCUGAGUCCCUCCCAGAGAAGGGCGGCAUACAAAUAAACUAAUCUGAAUCUGAAUCUUCACCCAACAUUACGACUCAUUCUAUGCGCAGCGCGGCCACAUCAACGGCGUGUGCGUGGCAGGCCUCGGUGGAGGAGAUCUGUAAGGCAGCCACCUGGGUUACCCCUAAUUCCUUUAUAAGACAUUACAAGGUAGAUCAGUAUGCAUUGGCGGAUGCAGCUUUUGGACGGCAAGUGCUCCUUCCGUCCUCCAGCUCCUAGGCCAGUCUCAUGCCCUCCCAGGAACAUGCCAGCUUUGGUACGUCCCAUGCAUGACCGCUGUCUCCACCAACUUUGGAGAAUGGGGCAUUGGUUCUUACCUGAUACGUCCCUUCUCUGGGCAGGUGGAGACAGCGGUCAUCCCCACCCUUGGGAUUCCGGCCUACCUGGCAAGGGUAUUCUAGGAGCAUGUUGAGUAGAAUUUGGAGAGAAAGCGAUUGUUCACGCACAGCAGUCUACUAAUCUCCGUCAAGAAAAGCGGGAGCAUGCUCCUCAGAGGCGAUGAUAUCACUUUGGUAGACUCAGUUCUAUUGGUUACUGACUGAGUUAACCCGUGCAUGACCGCUGUCUCCACCUGUCCAGAGAAGGGGCAUAUCAGGUAAGAACCAACGCCCCAGUCUCAGGAAGCCUAGGUCAGAAUACCGGCCAGCUGGGCUUCUUCGGGCACUUAGCUGGGACACCUAUUAGCUCCACCCCACCCUCCGCCUCAGCGAGUGGCAUGCAAAAGUUUGUCUGGGUUUCUCGAGAGACAGACUUUUCAGGGUGCCGAUCUAGCACUCGGGCUGGCUACAACACAAGCAUUCAUUCUUGACUUUGAGAUUCCUAGCUGCAAUGGGCAGCAAUGCUAAGUUUGUUUCCCUGGGCCAAUUCGGCAGAUAAAACAGGAAAAGGGGGCGGAGAGUAACAGUCUCAUUACCAAGGUACAGGUUGGUUGGAGCGAGGCAGAAAUUUCAACUUCAGCUUCCUGGUGCAGUGUGGGACUUUGGGCGAAGGCUGGAGGGAAGUACCUCUGGCUCGCUCAUGCUCUCUCCCUUCCCAGGCUAGUUUGAUGCAGGCGGCAACGCAACUCACAUUGCCUUUUCCAAGCCCACUGAUGGUGAAGCUUGGGGCCAGUGAGGGCUGGUUUUUUGCCUAGCUUUGUCUGGCUAUUGGG